AUGGACCAGCAUAGAGCCACACUAUGCUGCCAAUGGCUCCAAUGCAAACCACGUUCUUCAUGCAGCAGCAAGAACAAACUGAAAGAAACUCUCAUGGAUUCUGAUGAUUCUACAGUUAAGGUGCCGUUUUCAAGCACGAUGAAGGUAGCAAACGCCUUUGGUUACUGUCUUGAAGGGGCUAACGAGGAGGAGGAGAGGAUGAUGAAUAUCAAGAAAACAAAAAGAGACUGUUUCAUUCAAAAUAAAGAGUAUGAUUUCAACGAUGAUGAACUUGAAGUUGUUGAUGUUCUGUUUAACCUCCCCAGAAACUUCUUAGAGAGGGUUAAUUUAGAGACUUCAAUCAGCGUUGUGAAUUCAAGCUCCAGUGCCGAUCAAGAACGGGUUUCAAAGGAGGCUUCCAAGAAAGAAACAAAGAAACCAGUCAACCAAGAAAGAAACAGCCCCAGUGCUGUGAAUUCAGGGCCAAGUGCUGAUCAAGAACGGGUUUCAAACAUGAAUUCCAACAAGACCGUUAACUUAGUGGAUUCUCAGCUCAACCAAGAACCAGUCAACCAAGAACCAGUCAACCAAGAAUCCUCUGAAUUGCCACAAAAUUUCAAGAACUUGAUAAGUGAUAUGGGUGGCAGCAGGAUCACUCUGCUUAUCGAAAAAACUCUCUACCCCUCGGAUUUGAAUCCGCAACAAAACCGGCUUUCAAUACCGUCACAGCGGGUCAAGGACAAAGAUUUCUUGCUUCCUACGGAACUUGAAACUCUAGAGGAGAAAAAGGGAAUAAAAGUGAAACUGAUCCAACCGUCGCUGGAAAUCACCGAGUUGACUUUGAUUAAGUGGUUCAUGCACAAGGGUCCAAAGUCAGAGAAAGUAAGCGUUUCUUAUAUUCUGAGGUCAAAUUGGGUCAAAGUUGCAAAGGCUAACAACCUACAAAAGGAUGAUGUCAUUCAAGUUUGGUCAUUCCGAGUUGAAGAUAAAUUAUGCAUGGCAAUUGUCAAGCUUUGA